AUGCCGGGUGUUCCACGCAUUCAGAGUAAAACCUACACAACUCCUCGUCGCCCCUUUGAGAAGGAGCGCUUGGACCAGGAGUUGAAGCUAAUCGGUGAAUAUGGACUACGUAACAAACGUGAAGUCUGGAGAGUCAAAUACGCCCUGGGUAAAAUCCGAAAGGCUGCCCGAGAGUUGCUGACACUGGACGAGAAGGACCAGAAGAGAUUGUUUGAAGGUAAUGCCCUUCUUCGUCGACUGGUACGCAUUGGUGUACUUGAUGAAGGAAAGAUGAAGCUUGAUUUUGUCUUGGGUCUGCGUUUGGAAGAUUUCCUUGAGAGACGUCUGCAGACUCAGGUGUUCAAGCUGGGCCUGGCUAAGAGCAUUCAUCACGCCCGAGUUCUCAUCAGACAGAGACACAUCAGGGUGCGUAAGCAAGUGGUGAACAUCCCAAGCUACAUUGUUCGCCUGGACUCCCAGAAACACAUUGACUUCUCUCUGCGCUCACCUUAUGGCGGUGGCAGACCUGGACGUGUAAAGAGGAAGAAUGCCAAGAAGGGCCAGUCUAGUGGUGCAGCUGACGAUGAAGAUGCAGAAGAUUAA